AACGGUUCUUUCCCAAUGUGGCUCUAGCAACCGUUUGUUUUUUGUUUGGUUCCUGCCCAAAAACGCGAGUCCCCCACUGAAAAAACAUACGCGUCGCGGGGCAAUUCUCCACGGAUUUUCCGGCGCAAAAGACGUCUAAAUGCUGAGAAGGAAUGCCUCCCAUUCGUCGUUUGGGGCCGCGCAGUCAAAUUCAGGCAAUAUCCUAAUAUCCUUGCCGAUAGCGGAUUACUGGCGUCGGAGCUGCUUCGAUUGACUUUGCUGCCCUUACAGUUUUCCUGCAUCCAGCGUUCCAAAGCUCCAAAGCUCGAGGUAGAGUCGCAACUUCGCGUUUGGUGUUGAUGCAAAGGUUAUCUUGACGGCUCGAAGUUAGAACUUGCAGGAAAUCCAGGUCGGGUCCUGAAAUUGACAGACAAUGGCUACCACUUCGCGACGGCGGGUGCCGAAAGAGCCGUUCCACAUCCACGAGGACGAGCCUGCCAAUGGGUCAGAUAUGGACGAAUUGACCGAGAGCCACACUCAAGUGCGAGCAGAUGCUGGUGCGGACAAUGGCCAGCAGUUCGACCAUGACGAUGACCAGGAGGACGAUGAGGAUGCAGAGCAGGAAUGCGACUCGGAAUCUUCAGACGAGACUGAGCCCAUCGACCUGACGGUGCAGGAAGAUAUGGAGAAGCUCAACCAGACGUUCCCAGCCUUCAAGGACAAUUAUCGGCUGAUUAAGCGGAUUGGAGAGGGUACAUUCUCUACAGUCUACAAAGCCGAAGACAUUCGAUACGACCGGUAUAACAACAGCUGGGACAUCGAUGUUAAGGAGAACCAGUGGACACCACCUCCUCCUCUGAAAUAUGCCUCGCACUCCCGUUCCAACUCACGAUCACGUCCUCCACGAACAAAGAAGUUUGUGGCCAUCAAGAAAAUCUACGUCACCUCCUCGCCCUCUCGCAUCCAUAACGAACUCGAGCUCCUCCACGAUCUCCGCGAUUCGCCCUCCGUCUGCCCGCUUAUCACCGCCUUCCGCCAGUCCGAUCAAGUCCUGGCUAUGCUGCCUUACUUUCGCCAUCAGGACUUCAGGAAAUACUACCCGCACAUGACGAUCGCCGAUGUCAAACUGUACUUUCGCAGCCUCUUUACAGCAUUGGCGGCUGUGCAUGAGCGGGGUAUAUUACAUCGCGACAUCAAGCCCACCAAUUUCUUAUACGAUCCGCCCAAGCAGCGCGGUGUCCUUGUUGACUUUGGACUGGCUGAGAGAGAGGGUUCGGACCAUAAGCCUUGUUUAUGCCAUCUCGACCAGGAAACACGGAAACAACGCGUGCGUGCCUCUUACGCCCUCAAUGCCGCACACGCUGGCCCACAGGUUGGAUAUCCAAAAAACGACACUCGGCCUUCACGGCGAGCGAACCGAGCCGGUACCCGUGGAUUCCGUGCACCAGAAGUACUAUUCAAGUGCACUGAGCAAACUACCAAAAUCGACAUCUGGUCAGCAGGGGUGAUCCUACUCACAAUUCUCUGCAAGCGAUUCCCCUUUUUCAACAGCGCUGAUGAUGUGGAGGCCAUGAUUGAGAUUGCCACCAUCUUUGGAACGAAACGCAUGCGUCAGGCAGGCCAACUGCACGGGUGCGUCUUUGAAACCAACAUUCCCAGCAUUGGCGCUCAGGGCUUCACUCUUGAGAAGAUCAUGCUAUGGAGCACAUGUCGGACUGAUUCGAAGACGGGCUUGACGCAGGAGGAGAAAGAGGCGGUGCUGUUUCUGGGCCGCUGUAUGGAGUUGGACCCGAGUAGACGCAUUUCAGCGGCUGAGGCCCUGGAUCAUGAAUUUUUAAGGCUUAAUGGUGAGGACGUCGUAGAAGAAGAGGGCAGUGAAGAAGAUGUUGCUAUGGUUUAGAGGUGACAAGUUCGGACUGGGUUAAAUUGUAUCUGACAACUGUAUGAUAUCAUGCCUUUGCUUUGCGCGGCGUUCAGGCAUUCAGGGAGCGAUAUGUAUAUAGGAGCCAGGCUUGGUUACCACGUCUGGGCUAGACCUCGACUUAUGGCCAGACCAUAUGCACUUGUGGGAAUAGAACAUAACGCAGCCUCCGAAAGACUAAAUGUGCC